AUGAAGAAAACAAUUCCAAUUGCUCAAGUCGAAGAACAAGUUCGGGGCUGGACGGCGUUAGUCCAGGUUCUCCACAGGAGCCACAUGUUAGUCAAUGAGAAAGAUCCCACCAUCUCAUGUCGCCGCUUCGUAUUUGUCGAUUUGGAUGGUACAGAAGUAUCAGCAGUCGCGUACAAUGAAAAUAUACCGCCAUCUUCAAUGCAUUUAAUCCCGUUGAAGAAGUACUAUGUGUCUGGGGCUACACUCAAAAAGGCAGCUGAAAGCGACAAGAUUGGCCCUUAUCAGUUCACAUGGACCAUCAAUAAUAACACUUUGAUAGAGCCAUGUGAGGAUGGAUUGGUGGACCAAAUGUUCUGCCCCAUAGAGUACCAAAGAUUUGGCAAUCUACAACGAUUUAUAGACACUGAAGAUUUACAAAACAUUCAGGGUCUGGUGGCACACACAUUUGAGGUGAAGCAAAUUGGAUUACACACUAUCAAUAGGGACAUUGUGUUCGUCAAUGAUGAGAGGAUUCCAAUGAUACUCACCCUCUGGAAUAGUUAUGCUGCAAAUGAAGGUUACCAGUUGGCUAGCACCAUUACUGCAGGGAAUGUUGUUCUUGCUAUGCGUGUUAAAGUUACGACAUUGCAUGGACUUUCAUUAUCGACUAGAGCUGGAACUUGUAUUCUCAUCAAUCCACCGACACCCGAGGCAGCUGUUCUCAAACAAUGGUACCUGCAGGAGAAGGCUGUUGUUGCAGACCUCGUCACAACUGAAGCUUACAAAAAUACUUCGGUGUUACUGCCGCUGCCACACCCUGAAGACAUCAAGACCGUGACACUCAUCACUCCUAACAAUGAGCAUGGGUCGAAGGUUCACUGGUUGUUGGCUGUGUCCAACAACCACUGUGGUUUGGAGCAUGCAUGCAAUGCUUGCAAAAAAUUGAACUGCCAGUCGCCUCUCAAUUUCAUUGCACCUCUUGCAACAAAGAUAACCAAAUAUUACAGAGGCCUAGGAUUCCAAUUACCAUUCGGGAUGGAACCGGUUCUGUUGACGCAGUCGCCUAUGGGCAAGAUGCUGAGAAACUCAUCAAAAAAACGGGUCUACAGCUGCAGUGUGCAGAUAAAAAGUGCUACAGAGCAAGCAAUUUUACAGCCUGAAGACACAAAAUUCCGAUCUCAUCCCGGCCACAAAUGUCGUGAAACCGAUCGCAUCUACGACGACAGUCUUGGCUGCUCACCAGGACCGCAAGAUCUAUGUCCGGAAGGUGUCUACGCGAGCCAACCCAAGUUCAAAAUUUUUUCUUCCGAUGAUUUUUUAAGGAGUUGCCCAGGAAUUUGCUUCUCCAACGAUGGAGGGUAA